CCUGCUCUUAAUAGAUCAGACAGACGACACAUAUAAGAAGGCCAAAGAAUCUUUGGUUUUCAGUUUUAUCCCCAGAAUCUUUAUCCAUCACUCUUAAAAUUGAAAGUUCAUUAGAAAACCUCUUUAAGAUGCACUUCAGUGCCGCCCUCUUUUCUGCUAUGGUGCUCUUUGCUACCAACCAGGUUAUUGGAGCUUCUGUAGAGGUUCCGCGCGGUGUAGGCGCGAUUCAAAUUGCUACCUCCCCUUACUAUGCUUGCAACUGUCCCAAUAACUGCAAGCACAAGCAGGGCUCCAGUUGCAAGUACUAUAGCAGUUCUAGCGACAAAUCACAGGUUAUCUCUGGCAUGGGUGGGCUCUGAGUUGACUUGCAUUGCUUAGAUUGCGUCUGUCGCGAGGAGACAGUUGCAUCUGUUGAGGAGA